AAAAUUCUACACAUCACAUUUACUUUUGACAAUAAUGAAAUGACGUGUACAUAACCUGAUGAAUUAUAUCAGAAAAAAUUAUACAAAUUGAUUUUAAUUAAUUUUUAAAUAAAAUAAAAAUUAAAGAUGAUUUUAAUGACAAUGAUAGCUAGGGUAGCUGAUGGCUUACCAUUAGCGGCUACCAUGCAAGAAGAUGAACAGUCUGGAAGAAGUAUAUUGGAUUAUCAAAAUCAAGCAAAAAUGUUAUUCCGAAAACUUGGUCCACAAUCACCCACUAGAUGCAGUAUAGAAACUGGCCCAUAUUUAUUCCAUUAUUUAAUAGAAGAUGAAAUAUGUUACUUAGUAUUGUGCGAAAGAAAUUAUUCAAAACGUUUAGCAUACAAUUAUUUGGAAGAUAUAUCACAAGAAUUUUAUUCACAAUAUGGUAAACGUGUAAAAUCUGUUAUACGACCGUAUGCUUUUAUUGAAUUUGAAAAUUAUUUACAAAAAUCAAAAAAAGGAUUUGCUGAUUCACGUUCACGUAGAAAUAUGAAUGCAUUAAAUUCACAAUUACAGGAUGUACAACGUAUUAUGGUUCAAAAUAUUGAUGAUGUAUUGCAACGAGGCACUGUACUAUCAGAAUUGGAUUCAAAAACACAAAAUCUUUCAAUGUUAACACAAAAAUAUAAAAAAGAUGCCACAUAUUUAAAUCAACAAUCAUUUUAUGUGAAAGCAGCGAUUGGUGGAAUUAUUCUAUUUGUUUUAUUUUUAUAUUUUUGGAUCCUUUAAGAGACAAACAUACACUAAUUAUUAACUGAAUUAGUUGUGUUUACCCUAACUAUAAGAUAAAAUAUUUAAGUAAAAAUACCUUUUUAUUAUGGCUAAACAUUUCAAUUAUUA